UUUCAAACGGUGCAAGACAACCCCCAAUCACACCAACCAUAGAGGUUGAACCCCCGCCCGCCACCAUGGGCCACCCUUUUAAUGCGUUGAACAGGACCCUGGAGGUGGUUGACGGCUGAGUCUAAUGAGUGGGAGGUGUGUCCAGCUCGGUGGCUGUUGUCUGUGUUUGUGCUGUUGUUUCCCUUCACCAACAACAAUCCAAGUCUUGUCACUGUCACAUCUGCAAAAGCACAAGCUUCCAGUCUCUUUUCCUCCAGGGACCCAUCCAGACAAAAGUGCGCGCUUAACCUGACAUCCCGAAGAUCGAAGCACGUUUCUCCUCUGUUUUACUCUAUAAUACCGUCAUCGUGCCACCAGGAAAGAAGAGAGGCAGGUCGGAAUGUCACACAGAGAAUCUGGACGGCAAUAAACGUCUAUUCUUCCCGUUCCUAGCUGCUGCAUCCUCCCCGCACAGCACCGCAUAAUACCCAGUACCCGAAAGGAAUAACGACAGACGAAAGACGGCAGAACCCAGCGAGCGGUUCAUUUCUGCAACUGCAACCAAACCACAUAAACUCAGACGCCACGCAUCACCACAGGUAAGAGAUCAUCCUCACUGCUCCUCCAACCGUGCGCGUGGAGGAGGGCUACCUAAGGCAGGAUGCCGUCCACUGCUGCUCGCCUUGCCCUCGCGGUUCUGGUGACAGUAACGACCUCACCGCUGGCCGCCAACGCUCUGCUGGGCACACCUGGAUCACCAUGCGAGAAGCACUGCAGCAACCAGCAGGACCACACGGCGCGGGAUGAGAUUGUUUGUGAUAGGGGCAGCAUAGGGAAGACAGCGGCUGGGAUAGUAUGGGAGAACUGCAUCAAUUGCCAGCUGAGGAGCAACUACACAUCUGGGACCAUGUCGGAUCAGGCUGCUUUGCUUUACAACCUUCGAUUUGCCAUGGACACCUGCCUAUGGCAUAGUGGCGACAGCACACCAUGCACCGGAUCGACAGCAUGCGGUCCGCUGGAAGAUGCCGUGGAGUUUCGCAGGAAUGACACUUCCGGCCGAACCCCAUACGGCUUCUGUGACCUAUGGGAAGAGAACUUUAUUCCUCGAUGCUCACCAUGCCUAGUUGGUGAACAGCGAGGUCGCGGCCUCUUCCUCAACAACUACCUCUGGAUCCUCGAGGCUGCUUGCGAACAGAAACCAGAUCCAGGAUAUACCAUCGCCAUCCAAGGCGAAGUCUUUGGUGAAAACACCGUCACCAUCGUUCCACCAGAAACCACCCUCGUCGGCGUCCCAACGCCAGAUUAUGGCCCUGUCUCCCUCGGCGCUAGGGUGGGCAUCGCCUUUGGUGGCAUUGCGCUUCUUCUUAUUUUGGCCGGCUUCUUCAUUGUCUGCAAUGGCAAGAGAAGAAGACGGGCUUUUUUAAGGGAGCUGGAAAAGCGCCACGCGCAAGCAAACCACAGGUAUGGUGGCGGAGGAAGUGACAUGUUUGAGACACCGGUUAGUCAGCGACCACUUAGGGGGUGGGAGAAUGAGAGCCCUGUCUCUGCAGCCACCGAGGCGACGGAACGGACACUACCGCGAUAUAUCUCGCCAUACACGAGCACCUACAACAGCCCCGUUUCUGGACCAGGAGGGUCGGCGACGGUAGCGGCAAACUGGCCGUCGCUGUCACCACAGCAGAUGCACAGCCAACGACUGGAUCAGUUAUUACAGCAGCAGUCACCUGCGCACGGGUCCCCGCCACCGGCUUUUACACAGUGGCCUUCGGUUGGGCAGGAGAAGAUGGUUAUGCAGACGUAUACGCAGCAUGAGAAGCGACAGAAUGAGAUUGCUAUCGGGCUUGCGCUGGGAGGGGAUGAGGCGAGCUUGAGGAGCAAGCCGUCGAAUGGGACGAUGAAUAAUGAUCGGUAUGGGUACCCGGUGGAGGACAAAGGGAAGCAGAGGGAUGAGGUGUAUGAGUUGAAGGAGGUCGAGAGUCCGUAUAAUGGGCAGGGUGGGGAGGGGAUGGUGCAUGGGAGUAAUAAUCCUUAUUAUCAGAUGCCGAGCCCACCACAGGCACCGGUGCUGCACCACCCUGGUUAUGGGAGAGCACAUGGGAGUCGGCCUGGGUCGGGUGAUAAGGGGGCGACGGGGUUGGGGUUGCAGAGUGUGCCUGUCUCCUGAUGGAGAGAGCGGGCGUGUUUUUGUUGGUUUUGGUUUUGAACUGCUUUGAGCUAUAAUACCCGCCCCCUGAGAUGAUAGGGUGCAUUUGGAGUUGGGUUUUGAGAUGACGGGUUUUUUGUUGGGGUCUUGGAUAGUGUAUAAGGUUGGAUAUGGGUAUAUAUUUGCGAGAAAGGGGUCGGUACAUCUUCCCUGGGAUGAGUAGAUAGGAGAUACUACCAGGUAUUAUGAAGGUGCUCCAGAUGAUGCUGUCUGUAGAGUUUAGCCACGAUAUUAUCACAUCACAGUUGCCACUUCUCAACCAAACUGC